UAUUUACCGGAAGUGGGUCCGAAGCGUUACUUAGCCGGCUGGAAACCAGGAACAAGAACAGUAGCUGCACUUGCUGCAGUCUGGGUGUUUUCUACUUCGGCGUGCAUUUUGCUUGGGAAGGCUCCUGCUCUGCGCCUGCUCAGAAAGGCCAGUGAGAUGGGUCUGCUGUCAGAUCCCAAUCGCAGGAGGGCCCUGACCAACCUCCUUACUCGGCUGAACACCCCACUUUGCGUGGUGUGCUACUUGGCAGGUGUGGCAUGGUUCAUGGGCCUUGCGUUCGAACCUUUCACCCUGCGCACCUACAUGUCUGAGAAUGCCAUGGGGUCCACUAUGGUGGAGGAGAAGUUUGGGACGGGCGAGAGGGCCCUGGCAACUGCCAGAGAGUUUGCUGCUCACAAGAAGAAGGCAGAUGGGAUGCCAGUAGACUGGUUGGUGAAGGCUAUGCAGUCAAGGGGUCUGGAGGUUUUCACACAGAGCUUCUCUCGCACCCUGCCUUUCCCUGAUGAGAACAAGGAGAGAUACAUGGUGCGUGGGACUAAUGUGUAUGGAAUCCUCCGGGCCCCACGAGCCCCACGUACUGAAGCGCUGGUUUUGAGCGCCCCCUGCAGUCCAGGCAACAGCAACAACCAGGCUGUGGGGCUCCUGCUGGGUCUGGCACAGUACUUCAGGGGUCAGAUUUACUGGGCCAAGGACAUCAUCUUCCUGGUGAAUGAGCAUGACCUGAUAGGGAUGCAGGCCUGGCUUGAGGGCUACCAUCACACCAACACUACCGGGAUGAGCUGGACUCCACUACAUGGCAGGGCGGGCUCCAUCCAGGCAGCUAUGUCAUUGGAGCUCAGCAGUGAUGUGGUCACCAGUUUGGACCUGGUGCUGGAGGGGCUGAACGGGCAGCUGCCCAACCUGGACCUGGCCAACCUGUUCUACGCCUUCUGCCAGAAGAUCGGCGUGCUGUGUACUAUCCAGGGGAAGCUCCAGAGAAACGACUGGGACUCCUCCUCAGGGUACAACCACGCUGUGCAGACCAUGCUGCUCAUGGUGCUGAAGCAGGCCAGCGGGCGGCCCUGGGGCGACCACGGCCUCUUCCUGCGCUACCACAUCGAGGCCGUCUCCGUCCGCGGCAUCAACAGCUUCCGCCAGUACAAGACCGAUGUCACCACCGUUGGGAAGCUGCUGGAAGGAAUGUUCCGGAAGCUGAACAACCUCCUGGAGCGGCUGCAUCAGUCCUACUUCUUCUACCUGCUGCCGUCGCUGUCGCGCUUCGUCUCCAUCGGUUACUACAUGCCGGCCUUUGGACUGCUGACCCUGAUUCUGCUGCUUCGAGCACUGGACCUGUGGGUUCAGCUGGGGACUCUGGCCACAGGCAUGGAAGAUGGACUUGCUGAGGGGGAGCAGGCAUCCAGCACCGGAGUUCUCUCAGUCCUGACCCCGGUGGUGAUCAGUCACCUGACGGGCGGGGCUCUGUACAUGCUGCCCGUCCUGUCCCAGGAGACGGCCGUGGAGCACUUCCCUGUGUCCGAGACCGAGGCCGUCGUCCUGACCGCCAUCGCCAUCUACACAGCUGGCCUGGCCCUGCCCCACAACACACACAGGGUGCUGUCGGGCGAGGGCACUGAACAGGGCUGGAGGGUGCUGAAGCUGGUGGCGGUGCUGUACAUGGCCGUCCUGCUGGGAUGCACCGCCCUCAUCAACUUCUCCCUGGGAUUCAUCCUGGCCCUCACGCUGGUGCCCAUCGCUGCCUUCGUCACCCCACACGUGCCCAGGGUGCUGUAUGCCUUCCUGAUGGUGGCUCUGAGCCCUGGCUUCACGCUGCUCUACUGUGUGUUCGUGUACCAGGAGCUUCAGGAGACUCCGGUGUCCCUGCUGGACGGCUGGAACAUCUUCCUGUCCGUCAUCUCCCAGGGCAUCCUGGACCACAGCCUGUACGGCUCCCUGGUCUACCCCCUGCUCUCCCUGUUUGUCUACCCCUGCUGGCUUCUACUGUGGAACAUCCUGUUCUGGAAGUAGACCUGACAGGGGAGGAGUCAGCGGGAGGGGCCCGGCUUCAAAUGGGUCAGGGCGGGAAGGGGAGAGGGGUGUCUGGCUGGAGUACCACAUGCUCAGAUCACCUGGGUUAGGAAACUAAUUACAGCAGUGAGUUCUGUGGGACUACCAAGGCUGAGGAUUGGGUGAAUUUUGAGGGUAGGGGCCUAGACUGAGGGUGAUGGCUGUGGAGGAGAUCAGGGGAGAGGAGUGAUGGCUGUGUGUGGGGGUGAGGUCAGAGGUCGCCCGUGUGGUGGCAGUGUUAGGCUGUGUUAAGACUGGCAGCAGAGGGCCAUUGUGCAAGCUUUUACACUACAACCAAAACCGGAGUCAAAGGCCUGGCUUUGAUGAGCAUCUCAUUAAGUCAAGGCUAUGUAACUGAUCAUGGGAAAUACAUCACCUAAUCCCCGUCCUUUACCAAACACUGGACUGCCAGCCACUGUGGCAACUACUGAUCACGAGUUUUAAUGUUUUUAUACAUUUUUGUUUUAACAUUUUCUGUAUCCCCAUGAUAAUUUAUAAAUAAAAAUUGUUUUUUUUUCCCCCUGUAA